UCCUCCCAAAUCCCUAAAUCCCCAUCACCCCCUCUCUCUCUUUCUCUGUUAACAACUCUCGCGCGUCAACCCAUCCGCCGCUGCCUCCGCCUCCGGUCGCCGCCACCGCCCGUUGCCUCCGCCUCGGUCAGGCUCCUCCUCUGCGUAGGCCGCUGCCAGAUCUGCCUCCGCCGCCGCCGACUCAAAGAUUUUUUCAUUUGUCAAGAGGUUGGGAAUGUUGCAAGCUUGAAGCCUUGGAAGAUCUAGAAUGUUUGAUGUAAAUUAGUGGAAGCUCUUGUAAUUUAAGCUCAAGCCAAAUGGAGAUUGGCCUGUAGUGGUAGCAUGGCUCUGUCAUCCUCACGAGAUCCAAAGGCAGCAAAAUAUAUAAUGUGGCUCCUUCAGAGAAUGGCCUCUAUCUCACUCCCACGAUGUCGAAGCUUCCGAUCAAAAGCAGCUCUUGAAGCCCUAUCAAAAGCCUCUGCUGAUAGAACCCCAAGCAUUGCACUAUACAACUACCCUUCACUUUCCGGAGCGUUAUCGGCUCUCUUCGCCUACCUCUUCCACUCUCAUCUUAACCUCCGAUGCCUCACUUUGCCAUUCUCCUCCGUUGAACCUCUCAGGGUCGAAGAUUUGUGCUUUGAAGGGUUGGAGAAGUGCUACUUUUUUGAUUUUCUGGGGCCAAGAGGGUUCGCGUCAAAGCUUUCUCAGCGAACUUCAUGCAAGGUGAUUGCAUUUGAACAUAGAAAAUCAGUACUGUCCAAAUUUGCUUCUGAACAUGAUCGCAAUGGGAAGCUCACGUUUUAUGUUGAUACUGAGAAGAGCAGCUCUACUGCAGUUUACGAGUACUUCUCUGCCAAACUUUCCAAUAUGAAAUCUAGUGAUGGAGAGGCCAUAAGUCUGUUACACCCAAAAGAUCGAGAUCGUGUUGAGUUACUUUUGAAUUACAUUGAAGAUGGAGAUCUUCGUCGAUGGAACUUACCAAACACUAAAGCAUUUAACUAUGGACUGGGUGAAUGGCGUCCAAUGCUGAACUACUUCACUAAUCCACACAUUUUUGAACAGUUAUUGAAGAUAAGCCCAGCAGAUUUAAUUAGCAAAGGAAAUUCUUAUAUAUCUGCUCGUCAUAGUUCUGCUAAAGGACUGCUUUAUAAAGUUUUCAAGCUUCGUCUAGGCAGAGGUCUUUAUGGAGAGUGUCUGGGAGUUAGAGCAGAUGGAAAUUCCGACUUAAGUAAUGAAAUUGGCAAGGAACUUAGCCUGCGGAGUGCUGCAGCUGGAUUGAGGCCUAUAGGAGCUGUUAUUUACAUGCAACGAAAUAAUCUUAAAAUGUGCUUAAGGAGUAUGGAUCCUACUACAGAUACCUCUGAAGUUGCAAAGGCAUAUGGUGGAGGAGGUUCCCCAAGUUCUAGCUCCUUUAUCAUACGGAUGGAUGAAUAUAACCAAUGGCUCCCAGUGCACCAACCUAGAAGCCAUUAAGGUAGAUGGUUUGACAGGCUGUUGGGGCUGCUGCAUGUAGCUUUCCUACUUUUUACUGUAUUGGUUUCAAGGAAUACAGUACAGUCUACAUGCUAACGAUGCAUCUAAUAAUCUGUUGACGCAUGCAUCUAAGCAUCUGCAAGAAUGCAAAAGAGCUGAGCCAAGUUGGGCCUAUAGUAGUUCAGAUUUGUUUACUAAGAAUUUUAUAGAAUUCAGAAUCAAGCUGAAGAUUGAGUUGAGUUCAAAAGUGAGGCUUGAGCUUCUUUAUUUGAAAAACUUGUUGAGCUGGAGAUCAAGCUUAAAGUUGAACUCAUUUGUAUUUAAUGAGAUUUAAAUAAAUUUUAAAUAGGAUUUAA